AUGAGUUUAUCUGAGAGCGAAGCGAAAAUAAAGAGGAGAAGCAUAAAGGCCGCUGCCACAAGGCUUAAAAAUUAUUUAGAUUCUCCUCAAGCUGAGCAGGCUACGAAAUUUGAAUUAAUUGCGCGUAAGAGCAAAUUAACAAGUUUAUUCGAGCAAUUUGACGAAGUACAGUCGCGGAUUGAAUGUUUAGAAUCUGCAGAACAGGAAAAUGCACAAGUAACGGCAGCGCAUGCCGAAGAACGCGCGCGAUUCGAAGAUGCAUAUUUUAGCGUCGUAAGUUUGUAUGAUAGGCGUAUCAAUCUCGUUGAGAAUACGCCAAUUAGUGGCGAUCCUAGUCACGUCGCAUCACAAGAUAAUGUAAAUUCACAAAUUCGUUUGCCAAAAAUUCAGUUACCAACAUUUUCUGGCGCGUACGAUGACUGGUGCACUUUCCAUGACUCUUUUGACAAGCUUAUUCACGCGAACGAAAGGCUGUCGGCCAUUCAAAAAUUCCAUUAUUUGCGCUCAUCACUAAAAGAUAAGGCCGCUGAAGUUGUCAAAUCAUUCGAUAUCACGGAGAAUAAUUACAACGAAGCAUGGCAAUUGUUAAAUGAGCGCUUUGACAAUAAAAGGCGCAUAAUUCAAACUCAUGUAAAGGCUAUGUAUGAGAUUGCUCCAAUGCAUAAGGAAAAUUGCACGGCAUUGCGUAAUUUGCUCGACAAUAUGCUUAAACAUUUCAGAGCCCUUAAGGCGUUAGAACGUCCC